GAGGGUAGGUGGAGGGUGGGCAAAGCCAAGAAGGCCCUGCAGGAUCAAGAUCGGGGACGCCCCCUCCUCCGCCCCGCAGCGCUUGGGCCUGGGCCCAGGGAAUCAGGCUCGCUGUCCUGGAGAUCCCCUCCUGCUCCGGCACACCUGGGGUGGCAGGGGCCAGCGUCCGGCGCUGACGUCGGCCUUCAAGGCCCGCUGCUCGGCCGCUGCGGAGGGCGGAGCCGGGAGGCUGCCGCCCCGCCCGCAUCCCUGCCCCUGGUCGCUGCGGACCGUGCGCUGAGAGAGGAGCCAAGCGGAGCGUGAGGACCCCGCGCCUCCAGGUCCAGGCCCCGGGGAGCGCGGGGCGUACUGAGGUCCCCACCUCCGAGUGGCAGGGUCGGGGUGGGUGUCGAUGUAGGGGCCCAGGAGGUCCCGGCAUCAGGCUUGGGCGGGGAAACCCCUCUGGGAACCUCUCCCCAACAAUGGAUAGCCCCAGUCUUCGAGAGCUCCAACAGCCUCUGCUGGCAGGUGUAGGCUGCGAGACCCCCAUCCAGAAGCCUGGCGAGCCUGAGCUGGGGUCCCCCUUUGGAGAGACAGCCUUUGCAGAGUCUCUGAGGGGUUGGCAGUUCCUGCCACCACCUCUUCCCUCUGGGAGCCCUUACCUGGGGGAAACAGGGCCCACUGACCUUGAGGAUGUGUCAUCCAGUGACAGCGACUCAGACUGGGAUGGGGGCGGCCUUCUCUCCCCGCUCCUACCCCAUGACCACCUCGGCUUGGCUGUCUUCUCCAUGCUGUGCUGUUUCUGGCCUGUGGGCAUCGCCGCCUUCUGCCUGGCCCAGAAGACCAACAAGGCUUGGGCCAAGGGGGACAUCCAGGGGGCAGGGGCUGCCUCCCGCCGCGCCUUCCUGCUGGGGGUCCUGGCUGUCGGGCUGGGCGUGUGCACAUACGCGGCCGCCCUGGUGACCCUGGCCGCCUACCUGGCCUCCCGAGACCCACCCUAGCUGCCCCUGCGGCCCCCACUGUGAACCAGAGGCCAGCGGCCCAGCGUGUCCUCAGGCGGAAUGGAGAAUCGGGUGCAUGUGGUGGUGACAGCGUCCCGCAAUGGGACCCGGCUGGAUACCCCCUUCCCCUUCCUGGCUGCUGCAACGUGAGAUUAAAUACCAGACAC